UCUCUCUCUCUCCCUCCUUAAAUGCAUUCCUCUGUACUCUUCUCUCACCAACUCCAUUGCCUUCUUUCUCUCAGAGGGUCUGAUUGAAAUCAAUAGCUUUUACAUUGCAUAUUCAAGUUCAUGGGAAAACAUUCACUCGAAAAAUUGCAGCUCUGAAGAAGAAAUGCCUUGGCUUCUGAGGAUUCUGCUUCCCUUCACUAAGGGCGUGGAGCACAGCUGUGGGAUUGUCUGCUAAAUCAUGUUCUAAAAGUUAAGUGUUAUUUUUCCAAUCCAAAAGACAGACAAAGACAAAAAGGUGUUAAAAAAUAAGAGCUAAGAUGAUGGGGAUGAGGAGAAGGCUUGCUUGCUGCACCCGAGACAGAGAGAUUAGCAUCGACUUUGAUGAGCAAGAGAGAAUAAUGACAUACAAUGGCCUUGAGAGUUGCAUUCUCAAUAAUCAAUCUUAUGAAAAUGAAAGCAGAACAAGCAGAGGGGAUGAAUGUGUAACCGACUCCUUGGACGAUGGUGGCUCAAGCUGCUCUUCCAGCAAAGAUGCUUUUGGAUCAUUUUCUUCAAAGUGGUUGACAAUGAAGAGGGAUGAACAGAGUUAUGAUGAAUGGGAGCUCUCAGAAAGCCCCCAACAUUUUUAUGUGAAAGAGAAACCUGCUUAUGCCAUUCAGUUUUCAGAUGUGGAGGCAAUGAAAGAAAAAUUUGCAAAGCUGUUGUUAGGUGAAGAUGUUACAGGAGGAUGCAAGGGCCAAACCACUGCUUUAGCUUUGUCUAAUGGCAUCACAAAUCUAGCAGCGACGGUUUUUGGAGAGUUGUGGAAAUUAGAACCACUCCCUGAAGAAAGUAAGAGCAAAUGGCGAAAAGAAAUGGACUGGUUACUCUCCCCUACCAACUAUAUGGUUGAGUUAGUUCCUGCGAAGCAAAAUGGUGCAAAUGGCCGGACCCUGGAGAUAAUGACACCAAAAGCCCGUGCUGACAUUCACAUGAAUUUACCGGCACUUCAAAAAUUGGACUCUAUGCUUAUUGAGACGUUAGAUUCAAUGGUGAAUACUGAGUUUUGGUAUGCAGAAGGAGGUAGCCGGGCAGAAGGAAGGAAUAAUAGCGGCCGGCAAAGUAAGAGAUGGUGGCUCCCAUCACCUCAAGUACCAAAGACGGGGCUCUCUGACACUGAGAGGAAGAAAUUGCUUCAUCAAGGAAGAGUGGUACAUCAAGUAUUCAAGGCUGCCAAAUCAAUCAAUGAAAAUGUUUUGCUUGAGAUGCCUGUGCCGGCCAUUAUUAAAGAUGCUCUUCCCAAGUCUGGGAAGGCAAGCCUUGGUGAGGAACUCUACAAGUUGUUGUUUGCAGAAUCAAGCUCAUCUGACGAGAUACUCAAUUCUCUUAAUUUGAAAUUUGAACAUCGUGUUCUCGAGGUCAUUAAUAGGUUGGAAGCUGCUAUAUUUGCUUGGAAAGUGAAAGUUACAGAACAUGUUGGUGGUAAAUCCCCAGUUCGAACAUCAUGGUCCUUCAUAAAGGAUUCAAUGUCUGAGAUGGAUAAGAUGGAGUUAUUGUUGGACCGGGCAGAAGCCCUUUUACAUCACCUCAAGAUCAGAUAUCCAAACCUUCCCCAUACAUUUCUUAAUGUUACAAAAAUUCAGUAUGGCAAGGAUGUUGGACAUUCAAUUCUGGAAGCAUAUUCCCGUGUUCUUGGAAACUUGGCCUAUAGCAUAUUGUCUAGGAUAAGAGAUAUUUUGGAAGAAGAUGGUUUGAGCAAUUCAAAUUCACCGGUGGCAAUGCCUUACUUCUCUGGUAUAAAUCAUUGUGAAACUUCAGCUGUUGAUAUAGAUGUAAGGCACUCGUUGAUUGAUCAGAUGAACCAGGUGCAUGGAAAUUAUUGUGACUCUAAUUCAAGCAGUACUUGUGAUUUGGAAUCUUCAUACAGUGAUGCCAAAGCAAGUUCGGUAGCUACAACACCAAGUUGGAAUAGACUAUGGUGCAUCGAUAGAGAGGCUUGUGUAAGUGUGUCUCCUAAAAAUUCACCUUGAUAAAAAUAAAAAGAAAAAAAAGAAAAAAAGGAAGCAUGGUCUUCAAUAGCUUCUUUUUGUAAAGAUCAUGGCAAACUUUGAAUGUACUGCUUGGAAAUAUAUAGCAAAGUAUUAACUA